AUGUCCUCGCACCGUCUCGACACGGCGGGACAAGACAACAUCAUGGCCGGCUCUCGAAUGAGCGGCUACGAGGCAGCUUCGCCCGACGCAGCCACGGCGAGCUCUUCACUUUUGCCAAUAGCACCCAUCAAGCCGACACCACUCCACCCAUUGGAAGAGGACCCUCUGGUACUGCAGGACACUCGCUCAUCAACACACAGUCUCGCAGACGACCGCAGACAGACUCCAGACGAUGAACCUCAAUAUGGCAUGUGCCGCCUGCCCAAGCGGGCGCCCGACCAAGACGCACAGGCAGCACGAGACAAGCUCGACCGCAUUGCAAAGGCACAACAAGCCAAACACAACUGGGCAAAGUCCACCGGCAUCACCAUCGCAGCCAAGGCAUUCGGCCGCCACGAUCGUCGUAUGCGCAGGCGAGCCCACGGUGCUUCUUCCGAUGACGACAGCAGCGACAGCACUUUCGAUGACGACGAGGCUCGCGGACACAUCGGAGAGGUCAAGCUCAUGAUCACGGGCAAUCCCGUCGUCACCAAGGUCGUUGAUGCUGCCUCACGCGCAAAGGGCCGUCUGCGCGGCCAGACCGAAUCGCCCGACGCCUCGCCUCACAAGGAAGAAUCGCACUUCCGCUUCUCCAUCGGCAGACCGGGCAGCUCCUUGGCCAAGCGCCUCCGCCCUCCCACCGUCACACCAGCCUCGGAAGCUUUCACCACAUCCGCUCCGUCCCCAACGUCAGAGGCGCCUCGCCCUCCUUCCAUCGAUGCACCCACUACCCCUACCACCGAUCGUCCAAGAUCGCGCAUUCGUCCCAACCUCGGGCCCGAGCUGCUCGUCGUCGACGAAGAGGGUCGUCAGCAUCAAGCCACACAAGACUCGGAUCCUAAGCGCUCCAACCGUCCCAACCUCCCUCUCUCCAAUAGUUUCAACAGCCAAUCACCCAGCAGUCUCAUCUCGAGCGCUCCCAGCAGCCCAGGCAAUCGCCCACCACUCGACCAGCGCAAGCAACCGCACAGUUCCGCCUCCAGCUUCAUCGGCGGACCCAUCCACGACGAGCCCGACGCGCACGAGCCCGACGGCGACCUUACAGCGCGCACGCUCGCAUCGCCAGGUCCCAGUUCUACCGCAUCGAGCGUCUCUAGCGACGACGAGCUCGGCGACAGCGCCUUGGCGUCCGACUCGGACGACGGCCAAGACAACAUGCUCAAGAUCCAGUCGCUCAGCCUCGAACAUGGCGAGACUUUGACAAAGGAGCAGCUCAAGCGCCGCAAGAAACUCAUCCGUCGCGAAAUUCGGCGUCGCAAGGCCAACGGCGAGCUCUUGGACGACCUCGCUCAGAUGCAGGGCAAGGCAGGUCAGCUGGGCAAUUUGGUCUCUUCACGUGUCUCCAAAGGUCUCCACUAUGCCUCCAGCCAGAGCCGCAAUCGCCGUGCCAUGGACCGCUACUCGCCUCAUCCCAUGCAGCUCGCCCUGCAGACCUCCGAUCUGCCACGCAGCACCUCGGCUCAGAGCGCAGGAUUCGAUCGCACCAACACGCCAUUUUCCGCCAUCGCACCGUCGAUCUCGCGCGGCAGCAAUGCCUUCAGUCAGCGUAGAGAGUCGGUCGCCACCGUGGCCAGCAGCCGCAGGAGCUCCAUGACUGGCGCCGAAGACGACGAUCUGCAAGACCCGGAUGCGGCCGGGCCGACGCGCAGAUUCAGCGGCGUCGAUCGCUCCAUCUUGAGCUCGCGCAACAGCAUCCGCAAGUACCUCCACGCGCCCAACGUGCUCAAACGCCAUCGUCGCAAGAAGUGGGAAGCCGAGAUGGACGCUUUCGAGCGCGCAGCAGAGGCAGAGGCGAAUAAGACCGACCCUGACGCCGAGUUAGACCAGAUGCUCGCCAAACACGCCCAGCAGCAGGCACCCUCGGACGCGGACAAGGUCAAGUACGAGUUCGACGUGCUCUACGAGAAUCAGCGCGGCCUGCUGGUGUUUGGCAUCCCAAAGUUCAGCCCUCGCACGCUCUUCCAGUGGGACCCCUCGCCCUGGACCGCGGCCAACGGCAAGCGAUCGCCCUACAACAUCGCCAACGCACAGCUGCCCGAUCCGUCGUGGGAGUGGGCGUAUCACGAAUGGUACAUCGACAUGACCGGCGACGUCGACGAGGCGGGCUGGCAGUACAGUGGCAAUUUCGGGCGCAGGUUCUGGCCCAACGUCCACUUCCCGCACGGCAGAGUCGGCCUGCCCAAGACGGGCGUCGAGGGGAUCAAAGAGAUGAAUGCGCGUCUUGCCGAGAAGGAACGAAAGCGCGAGGAGAAGGAGGAGCAAAAGGAAGAUGGCGGGUUUGAGGCACUCAAGCGCACGGCGCGCGCGCGCUCGAGCAAGUGGACAGGCUCGCCAGACGCUUGGACUUUUGUGCGACGACGCCGCUGGAUCCGCCUCCGUCGUAGGAAGCCGCUCUUUGGCGCUCAUGCUGGCAAGACGCCUACCACAGAAGGACAGGAAAAGCCCGGAACACCUGCACAGGAAGUUGGUCUGCCGGAUCUCGGCGGCAAAGCACCAAUAUCGCCGGGUAAGAUCGGCGUCAAGCCUGGACAUAGCGAUGACGAAAACAACGGCGAAAGCCCCUUGGGUGGGUCCGACGAGUCGGACCUGUCUUCAAGCGAAGACGACGAGGUGCUCCAUGCGCCUGCCUUGGGCGGCUCGUCGGGCUUCUUGCCGCGGCGCUUGCCUGGCGGCCUCUCGAACGGCGCUGACCCGACCAAGACCAAGGAUCGUCUGCAGAGGCGACGCGCACGCAAACACGCGCGCGAGUUCACGGGCACCAUCCGCGAGCUCAAGAGUCUGCUGCCGAGCAUCAUCGCCAUGGACCGCAAGGCGGGCACGCGCGGACCGACCGGCCUCACGGCGAGUGCAAGCUCGUACAGGUGGGCCAUGCUCAAGAUCAACAAGGUCGACGCACGCAAUCCGUUCAUCAGCUGGCACUUUGUCAAGCACCGACUGCAGGACGAGGACAUGGCGUUUGCGGCUUCCACACUGCGGACCAUGGAGCGCAAGUAUCAGCAGCGCCAGCUUGCGGCCAUACGCAAGAAGGGUGGGGACCAGCCAGAUGUCGGCACGGCACCUUCGCAUCCGCCCAUCCCGUCGAGACUGCUCGAUGCCUCGCGAGGCAUCCGCUUUGGUGACGGCGAGCCUUCCACGGGACUCAAGGCCGGCAACGACGAGACAUCGCCGCGUCCGGCGACGCUGGGUUUGCAGGAGCCGUUUGCGCAGAGUCCAGCCGAGGGCCACGAGCUCACGCGCGAGGCGCUGGUCGAGAUCAACUUUGUGCGUGUGCUGCGCGUGCUGCGUGCAUGCAAGGUGGAUCGGCAGCGCAUGGAUCUGUGGAAACUCUGGCUGGGCGUGAUCACGCUCGACUCGCUUGUGGAGACGGUGCGGCGCGAGGAUCUUGUGGCGCUCGGGCUGGUCGUGCCCGCCGAAGCCGGUACCGAAUCUGGCAUGCCCGAAGCAGCGUCGCCGUCGUUGCUGGAAGCGGCGAAUGCGAGCGGAGGCAGUUCGUUCCGCUACCGGCAGCGUGCCGAGAAGGCGCGUGCGCGCUGGCGGAGUGCGUUGGCCAAGCCGGAUGCGUCGGAUGUGUGGGACGUGCUGGAGCGCAAGCUGGACGAGGUGCUGCUGCUGUUUGAGUUCCAGAGCAACCGGGCGCAGCUGAUCCGGCUGCUGCUCACGGUGCACGAGCAGCUGCAUCCGGACCAUGUGUAUCGCGAUCGGUCGCUGCGGGCGAAUCCGGUGGAGCUGUCUCCGGCGCACGUGCAUGGCGAUGCGGCCGAGAUGGGCGGACCCGAGGUGGGCGGUGCGUUUGGAUCGCGCCUGGGCGGAUGGAAGAGGGCGGGCGUGCCGAGGCUCGAGUUCUUUUCCGACCUGCAGCGCAUCCUCGCCGCACUGCCGGGCAACGAUGCCACCACCAACUCGCAGUACAUCCUCAGCCAGCCUUCGCCGAGCGACGAGAUCGUCGCCAUGCCGCUGGGCAUCCACAGCAAUCCGCUCAUCGAUAAGCUCGAGGCCGAGGCCGAGUCGGAUGCGUUCCUGGACGGCGAGCAUAUCCCCAACGCCAGUCCGGUGGAGAUGCGGGGGGAGGGGAGAACGGAGUUGUUGCAGGCAAGGGAGGCGGCGAGAUUGGCGGUACCGAGAACGCCGUCGCCGUUGGGAAGGCCGCCGUCGGUGCCGCUGCCGUUUAGGAACUCGCCGCUGUCGCCACCCGUGGUGCCCGAGUCGCAGACUACCGCCUCGUCCAGGCCGCAGAGCACGGCGUCCGUGCAGGAGCGCGCACCCGCACCCGGGUCUGCUGAGCUCACACCCGCCUCGUCAUCGCCCGGCGCAGAAGCUGCAGGCCAGCGCGAGGAUGUCAACAAAACAGUCACGGCUGUCGAGCCCCACGUCGGCACACGACCAGGCAGCGGGCCCCGACCGCCCAUCCCGGUGAGAUCCGGAUCCGUAUCCCCCGUCAAGCAGAGAGGGCCGCUCUAG